CGUCUCUUGUGUAAAAGAAAACCAACUGUUUGUUUAAAGCACCGAUAGCCAAAAAUUGGAGACAAUUUUGUUUUUUUGUGUUGUAAUGUCGAACAUUGACAAAGUUAGAAUUAUUGUUGUCGGUGAUUCUGGAGUGGGAAAAACAUCGCUUGUCCAUCUUAUAGCCAACAAUGAGGCGCUCACAUCUCCCGGCUGGACGAUUGGAUGUGCUGUCGAAGUGAAAUUACACGAAUACAAGGAAGGUACACCGUCCCAAAGUCAGUACUUUAUCGAACUCUGGGACAUCGGCGGUUCGAUAAGCCACAUGAACACCAGAGGCGUAUUCUACAAUCCAGUCCAUGGCGUUAUCUUGGUGUACGAUCUGUCCAAUCGGAAAAGUCAUGAGAAUUUGCAACGAUGGAUUUUCGAAAUAUUGAACAAAGAGGGAAAAGAUGUGGCUAAAGGUGGCGGUGGCGAGAUGGAAUUUGAUCCGGAACAAUUUUUGGGAUCGACACAGAUUCCAAUAUUGGUCAUUGGAACAAAGGCCGAUAUGGUGGAUGACAAUCAGAAGAAGAAAAACAGCAAGAAAAUUUUGAGCGUCGCCGAACAGUGCGGAGCAGAAGAAAUUUGUCUGAACUGUCAUGAUCCGAAAAGUCUUGCGGCUGGCCUCUCUGACAGCGUCAAACUGAGUCGAUUCUUCGACAAAGUCAUUGAGAAAAAGUUCUACACUCGUGACACAGGCGGUGUUUUAGAAAAACGCAAGUAUACAUCACCUGUAACAUCGCCGUAUUUAAUGACGGGCUAUGGAUAUGAUGAGCGUAGCGACAAUAAGUAAAUUCGAGCCAGCGAACGAUAAAGCAAUAAAUAAAAUGGCACAUGAAACGUGUAACAUAAAA